CAUGCUUUCGGGGGCUCAUCUGGAUAUCGAGAUACGUCCUUACGUCAGAGCAGCGACAAUUUAUGUGAUGUGACAGUUUGGCACCCAAGUGUACCUGGCACAUAAAUACUCAUACAUUGACAUUACUUCAGUUUCCUCAAAAUGUUCGCUGUUGUCGAAAAACGCGAGAGCGAAGAGCUGGAUGCUGUUCCCAGUUCAUGGAUUUUACCGUCCAAAAAGGAAAUGAAAUAUCCUUUGCUCAAGCCUUCAGCAAUCUGGGCAAUGGCCAUGAAAGGAGAAGAUAUCAAAUGUGCCUAUGAAGUAUUGAAAAUUAAAGUUAUUAAAGAACCGUAUGACAGUUUUGAUGUGGCGUAUGACGAUUCUCGCCGGCUUAUGCGUGGACUUAAAACUAGAUCCUCAUCUGAACGAGAGCUGAAGGGAAGAGGUGCAAGAACCAAAAUUCCAAAACGCACUUUCACGGAUGCCGAGAGUUCCUCAGAGAGUUCCUCGGAGAGUGCCUCAAAGAGCACCUCAGAGAGCGAAGAAGACCAAAAUACAAGGCGCAAAUCAAGAAAAAGGAAGUCACCAAAAAGGAAGUCACCAAAAAGGAAGUCAAAGAAAAAGUCAUCGAAAAGAAAGCUGUCAAAACGCAAGGCAAAAUUGUCAAGUUCCGAUGAUCAUGAGUCGAGUAGUGAGGAAGAACCAGUGACAAAGCCCUCGAAAGCUGAAGCCAGCAAGGCUGCAGCAAAAGCAGAAGUUGACAAACACUUGAAACGAGUAAAAGAUGUACCCCCGCCACCUGCUCCCGAAUCCAUCAAAGAAACGAAUACCAGUGAAGCAGAGAUUGCAUUUUUGGAAGUUGAUACUAACGGUCCUGUUGAUCUAGGAACACCUUCAAAAACUGGUUCUUCGCAUUCUCCUAGGAUCAAUUCAGUAAAGAAACAGCUUUUUGACACGAAAAGAUCCCCAUUGAAACCAUUCGAGUCUGCAAAUAAACAUUUGUCUCAUGGAAAGCUUACCAAAAUCCGUUGCAAACAAGGGAAAAAAGUUAAACACCCAUGUGGCUUUCGUCUGAAGUGUGAGCCUGAAGAAGCUAUUUUGCAUACUUUAUGCUCAAUAAGCGCUCACACAGAGGAAAUAAUUUACCGCUUGAAAAAGUUACGACAUAGCAAAGGCAAAGUAGAAGCUGCCAAAAUAACAGAAGCGUACAUUCCAGACGAGAUUGAAGCGUUAUUGACCAUUGACACUGAAGAGAAAUUGGAGAAGCUAGAAGAUAAACUGAAAUUGAAAGAAGGCACUAUUAAGGAUGAAGUUGUGAAAGGUUUUGCAUGGAUGCAUCGCAACGAUUCAAACCUCACUGCCACGGCAAGAGGAAUGGCCAGAGAGUUGUUCUCAAACAAGAUUCUCGCCCUAUUUUCGCUGCAUGGAGGUCAUGCAAAGGGCUCUGCUGAAACCAAACGGGCAUUCGACCAGCUACAGGCAUACUCAGUCAUCAUUGAGGUGGUGAAACUUUUAUGGGAAAACCAUCACACCAAUUUCAAGGCUGAUGUGAAUGGAACACUAGGACCUUUCCUUACCGGAAUGAACAAGAAGCCGGUUUCAUUGAAGCCCCCAUCAAAGAAGUAA